CUCGCUCAGCGCGACCAAGUGCCCGCUGCGCGCCUCUCUGGGCUAAGCCAGCGCCACGGCAGCCCCCGGACGCGGGACAGGGUUCCGGGCUGCGCUCCUUUCCCGCCAGGGCGUCCUCCCCUCCGGGGGCCCCAGUCCCCAAGGUGGACCCGGCGGUGGCAUCCUCAGACCGGGCCGCGGGGGGAGGGGCGGCCUGGAGACAGUGGCGGGGUCAGCACCGGCCACCGAAAGCGGGGCCAUGGAGCCCAGAGAGUCGGGGAAGGCUCCUGUGACGUUUGAUGACAUCACAGUGUAUUUGCUUCAGGAGGAGUGGAUGCUGCUGAGUCAGCAGCAGAAGGAGAUCUGUGGUUCUGACAAGCUGGUGGCACCACUGGAACCAACUCUUGCCAGCUCUGAGCUGUUCUAUAAAUUUGAGCAAGGACCAGAGCCCUGGCUGGCCAAUGUCCAGGACCAGAGGAAUCUCCUGAACUGCCACCCUGGAAAAAACAAGAUGGGCUUCGUGGAGGAGACGGACUUGCAAAAGCCAGCCCGAGAAACUGGACCGUACCUGCCACCCGAGAAGAAGGCUUGUCUUUCCCACUUUAGCUCCGAGAGUGGCAGCAUCGAGGUAGACUGUACAGGAAAAAGCAGAAAACCCUUGAAACCCCGGUCCAUCCAGAAGUCGUGGUUUGUGCAGUUCCCAUGGUUGGUCAUGAACAAGGAGCAGACGGCUCUCUUUUGCUCUGCCUGCCGAGAAUACCCAGCUGUCAGGGACAGACGGUCAAGACUGAUAGAAGGUUAUACAGGCCCAUUCAAGGUGGAGACUCUCAAAUACCAUGCCAAGAGCAAGGCCCAUGUGUUCUGUGUCAAGGCCCUAGCAGCCCGGGACCCCGUCUGGGCAGCCCGUUUCCCGAGCACCCGGGAUGUGUCUGGAGAUGAACUGGCCGACCCAGGGCACCUCUUCACGGCAGAUUAUCCCACAUUUUACCCCCCAGGGCUGCUCGGGGCCCGUGAUGACCUGAGCCAGCUCCUGCCCAGCUCCAGAACUGCACUCAAGGACCCUGGAGGGAAUGGAGCAAUUCCUGCCUUGUACCUAGACUGCAUUUCCAAUUUCAGGCAAAAAGAAAUUGCUCAUGACACCCGCAGCUCCUCAGUCAUUGACAUUUUAUGUAAUGACUCUGCUGAACCCUGUGACCAGGAUCCUUCUGAAGAGGGGCCAUUCGAGGAGGUUCCCGUGGUGUUUGAGGACGUGGCGGUGUAUUUCACCCGGGAUGAGUGGGGCACGCUCGACAAGCGGCAGAAGGAGCUGUACAGAGACGUGAUGCGGAUGAAUUAUGAGCUGCUGGCGUCCCUGGGGCCUGCCGCUGCCAAACCAGACUUGAUCUCCAAACUGGAGCGGAGAGCUGCACCGUGGAUCAAGGACCCACACGGGCCAACGUGGGGGAAAGGCCGUCCUCCAGGGAAAAAGAAGACGGUGGCCGUCAGAGAGGCGCACACACUGGCCUCGGCGGUAGAAUCGGCAACGCUUCCAGCUCCUUCUAGGGAGACGUGUACCUCCUACUGCCGUCCCAGCCUUUGUGAAGCAGAAGUGGGUGGACGGAGGAAAGUCAAGAGGACUUACAGGCCCCGCUCCAUUCAGAGGUCGUGGUUCGGGCAGUUCCCAUGGUUAGUCAUUGACCCCAAAGAGACCAGGCUCUUCUGCUCGGCUUGCAGAGCAAGACCUAGCCUCCACGACAGAUCAUCCCGGUUAGUCCGAGGCUACACGGGUCCUUUUAAAGUGGAGACUUUAAAGUACCACGAAGUCAGCAGAGCACACAAGCUCUGUGUCAACACCGUGGAAGUCAAGGAAGACGCCCCGCUGGCCGCCCCGGUGCCCGAGAUCUCCAGUGACCUGAUGGCCAACAUGGAGCACUUCUUCAACGCCGCCUACUCCAUCGCCUACCACUCGCGGCCCCUGAACGACUUUGAGAAGAUCCUGCAGCUCCUCCAAAGCACUGGGACCAUGAUUCUGGGCAAGUACCGAAACCGCACCGCCUGCACCCAGUUCAUCAAAUACAUCUCCGAGACCCUGAAGAAGGAGAUCCUGGAGGAUGUCCGGAACUCCCCGUGUGUCAGCGUGCUGCUGGACAGCACCAUGGACGCCUCCGAGCAGUCCUGUGUGGGCAUUUACCUCCGCUACUUCAAGGGGCUGGAGGUGAAAGAGUCGUACCUCACUCUGGCCCCGGUCUACAGUGAGACGGCAGAUGGGUACUUUGAAACCAUCGUGUCUGCCCUGGACGAACUGGAUGUCCCCUUCCGGAAGCCGGGCUGGGUGGUGGGCCUGGGAACGGAUGGCUCGGCCCUGCUGAGCUGCAGAGGCGGCCUGGUGGAGAAGUUCCAGGAAGUCAUUCCCCAGCUGCUGCCCGUCCACUGUGUGGCCCACCGGCUCCACCUGGCCGUGGUUGACGCCUGUGGGGGCAUCGACCUGGUCAAGAAGUGUGACCGGCACAUCCGGACUGUCUUCAAGUUUUAUCAGUCCUCGAACAAGAGGCUGAGCGAGCUGCAGGAAGGCGCGGUGCCGCUGGAGCAGGAGAUCCUCCGCCUGAAGGACCUGAAUGCUGUCAGGUGGGUGGCCAGCAGGAGGCGCACGCUGGAUGCACUCCUCGUGAGCUGGCCCGCCCUGGCCAGGCACCUCCAGAGGGUGGCAGAAGCAGGCGGCCAGGUUGGGCACAGGGCCAAAGGACUGCUGAAGCUGAUGAAGAACUUCCAUUUCAUCAAGUUCUGCCACUUCCUCUUGGACUUCCUGAGCAUCUACAGGCCCUUGUCGGAGGUGUGCCAGAAGGAGAUGGUGCUGGUCACGGAGGUGAACGCCACGCUGGGACGGGCCUAUGUGGCCCUGGAGACCCUCCGUCUCCAGGCAGGGCCCAAAGAGGAAGAAUUCAACGCAGGCUUCAGAGAUGGGCGGCUCCACGGCAUCGUCUUGGACAGGACGGAGAUGGCAGAAGAGCGGUUCCAGGCGGACAGGGAGAGGGUGAUCCUGACGGGGGUGGGGUACCUCCAGCGGAGGUUUGACGCCCCCCGUCCCGCACCCCUCAAGAGCAUGGAGGUGUUUGACACCCUGGCCUGGCCCUGUGGGACUGAACUUGCCGCUUUUGGGAAUGACGAUGUUCUUGCCCUGGCCCGGUAUUUUGAGCUCUCACUGCCCCCAGGGUACAGCGAGGAAGCACUCCUGGAGGAGUGGCUGGGCCUGAAAGCCCUGGCCCAGAACCUGCCGUUCUCCAUGCUGUGCAAGAACACCCUGGCCCAGCGCUGCCGCUUCCCCUUGCUGAGCAGGCUCGUGGCGGUGGUGGUCUGUGUGCCCAUCUCCACCUCCUGCUGUGAGCGCGGGUUCAGUGCCUUGAACCGGAUCCGGACUGAUGAGAGGACCAAGCUCUCCAACGAGGUGAUCAACAUGCUCAUGAUGACAGCGGUGAACGGUGUGGCCGUCGCAGAGUAUGACCCCCACCCUGCUAUCCAGCACUGGUACCUGACCUCCUCGGGCCGGCGUUUCAGCCACGUCUACACCUGUGCCGAAGUGCCACCCCGCUCCCACACAACCAGGCUGGAAGUAGCACUCCGUCCUGGCCUUGCUGCCCAGCUCCAGGGAUGUGCACUGCCCAGCUUCUCGAGGGGCACAGGCGUGCUCUGGCUCCCCACUGUCAGCUAAUGACACAGAGGACAACUGUCGAUUUGGGGCAGGACCCCAGGGCUGAAGCGUGGUGAGCUCCCUUGCCCAGCUGGCCUCUUUGUUUUAAGAGACUUGCUGCAUUCGAACCCCAGGGCCUGGAGACCCCCUUGUUGGAGAGCCUUCUGGUCUUUUGCCUCACCGUAAAUCAAGCCGAAGGGCAUUGGGAAGGGAAGAAGCAAGCACUGGGUCUUUGGCCAGAGCCCUAGCCCUGCCUCCACACUCCUUCUCUACCUUGAUCUCCGGAGGUGGAUGGCCACCGGGCUCGACAUUCUGAAUGACCAGCAUCACAACUGACAGUUGAGUUCAACAGCCAUAGAGGCCAGGCCCUGUCCUGGCCAGACAUGCUGCAGUGUGAUCUACUCCAGAACUUUCGUGUCCUCCGAAGCCCAGGUUGAGUUCCUAGGGCGCUAAAUAUUUAGCAGGACCGUUCCCUCCUCCAGGUGUCUGUCAGCCAAGGUCACCCCGGUGAUUGGCCUAAGAAUGUCCCCUCUGGUUUAAAAAAUAAGGUUUAAAACAUAAUGUUUGAUUCUCAGCCUUUUGCUAUAUGAAUAAAGCAGAGUUGAUUUCGA